AGUGUUUGCCGUCUCUCUUUCCUCUCCCAUCUGCGAAAGCCAAGGGUCACCAAAACCAUCAUCAUAACCCAAACCCAACCCAACCCAACACAACACAACACCACCUCCUAUCACAUAAUAACAACCUUAACCUUAACCUUAAACCCCCCAAUUUUCAUGUCUCGGAUCCCGUGAUUCGGAUCCCCAACAAAAAAAGAAACCUCGUAUUUGUUAUUUUCGUCGGAUCCGGUUGGGAACGCUCAUGACGCGGCGUUGCUCGCAUUGCAGCCACAAUGGGCACAACUCCAGAACCUGCCCUAACCGCGGGGUUAAGCUCUUCGGGGUCCGAUUAACCGACGGGUCGAUCCGGAAGAGCGCCAGCAUGGGCAACCUAACCCACUACGCUGGUUCCGGGUCGGCCCCGCUCCAUGUCGGGUUGAAUAACCCGGGUUCACCCGGGGAGACGCCCGAUCACGCCGCCGCCGCCGCCGACGGCUACGCCUCCGAGGACUUCGUUCCCGGGUCUUCUUCUAGCUCCCGUGAAAGAAAGAAGGGUGUUCCAUGGACUGAGGAGGAACAUAGAAUGUUUUUGCUCGGAUUGCAGAAGCUGGGCAAAGGUGAUUGGCGUGGAAUUGCAAGGAACUAUGUUAUAUCAAGGACGCCUACUCAAGUGGCCAGCCAUGCUCAGAAAUAUUUCAUCAGGCAAAGCAAUGUGUCCAGGCGAAAAAGACGGUCCAGCUUGUUUGAUAUUGUUGCAGAUGAAGCAGCUGACACUGCAAUGGUACAGCAAGACUUCUUGUCUGCUAAUGAGUUACCAACUGAAACAGAAGGCAAUAACCCCUUGCCUGCUCCUCCUCCCCUCGAUGAAGAGUGUGAAUCAAUGGAUUCCACAAACUCAAAUGAUGGAGAGCCUGCCCCAUCAAAGCCAGAAAACACACAUCCAUCUUAUCCUAUGUUAUAUCCUGCGUAUUAUUCUCCAGUGUUCCCGUUUCCUCUGCCCUAUUGGUCAGGAUACAGUCCAGAGCCCACCAAGAAGGAGGAAACACAUGAAGUGCUGAAACCAACUGCAGUACAUUCUAAAAGCCCUAUCAAUGUUGAUGAACUGGUUGGCAUAUCAAAACUGAGUUUAGGGGAGUCUAUUGGUGACUCGGGUCCCUCCACCCUGUCUCGAAAACUUAUUGAAGAAGGACCCUCUAGACAAUCAGCUUUUCAUGCAACACCAACAUGUGGUGAUAUGAAUGGCAGUGCCAUCCAUGCAGUUUAAGCGUGUGCCUCGUGUUCCGAGGAAGGGAUUGUUAUGUGAGCAUUAUGGAUCAACUUGGGGCCUGCAUGAAUGUGGUCUUGUGUUCAUCAUACAUCUGUUUGUGGGGUAACCUAAAUAAUUUUUUUCUUUGCCCAUUCACAGUGAUUAACCUAGUUUGUUUAUUUGCUGGUAGCAGUAGCGUCUAGGAGUUACUUUGGGUCUCUAAACUAAAACUUUAUGUUUGUCCAGUGAUUUUAUUUGUCAGGGUUAUGUAAAGUUAAUGUUGAUUGUGCAGUUUGACAAUCUACCUAGUACCAAGUUGUGCUUCAUGUUUGAAGUGCUGUGGAUUAAAAUGUUUGAAGUGCUUUAGCCCCUCAAA